AGCCCUGGCGGCUCGUCAGACCGUCACCGUGCGGCCGUGCCCUGUCGAACGCCGCCCCCUCCGCCGCCGUCUCCACGACGGGCGCCCCGCCUGGCCGCCUCGCACCUCCCCUUGCUCCCCAGUCCCACCCUCCGUCCUCACCACCGGCUGCCCCGCCUCCCGCCUCCACUACUGCCCCGGGUCCCGGCGGCUCGAUACCCCUCCCUUUGCUCUUGCUCGCCUGUCCCCAUCCCCCGUCCUCACCCUCGCUCGGCGGCGGCCCGCGGAGCGCCGGUGCCUGGCAACCUCCGGUGAGAACUCCGAGCAGUCUUGCCGUCUUGUCCAUUACAUCUGGAGAGCAGUGACACCUUGAAGACCUGAACGGCUGAACGAGCAGAGCAGCCGACAACGGCCUCCUCCGCUGCGCCCCGGCCCCGUGAUUCUUUCGCCACCAGCUGUGUGUUACUUACUGUGUGGCCUGUUGGUGCCUACUGCUGCCGCGGCGCCCCUCCUCUCGCUGAUCUGGCGUAGGAUCAAUGUCAACUAUUUCUGAUCAGAAGAAACGAACCUUAGAAGCUAUUCAACAACGGUAUGCAGCAGCUAAAGCUAAGAAGCUGCCAGAUGAACAGCCCAAGUGCCCGAAGAACAAAGAGAGUACCCCCAAGCCCAAGUUUGAUGCACGGAGGAAAGGAAAAACUCCUGAAUCCACUCCUCGAACUUCUGGCCAGCUGCCUACAUUUAGAGCUCAAGGAAACUCCAGUCAUCAACAAAAGCCUUCUGCCUCCUCAGGUGGAGAAAUCAACCCUAUAUACUCUGAGAUUUCAUUUGCUCUUCAUGAAAAUUUGUCCCAAGAUGACUAUGCGGAUCCCGACAGCACAGACGUAGUUCAAAGUGUCAUAUAUGAUAUAAUUCAGAAAGGUGGAGAAGCCGGGAAAAUUUCCAAGGGAUCGAAAAAGUUAAAGUUGGAUAGAGGGAUUCUUUUGGAUAACUAUGUUCAAAAGGGUCCUAUAUUAGUGGAUGCACAAUCACGAUCUUUGUUGAUCCACUCGAAGCGAUCAAAAAGGCACAUGUCACUGAAGCAACAUAAGAAAUGUGGGUCAUUUGAUUUACAUGAUACAUUCCGCAGGUUUGACCUCUAUAAGCCAAUGCAUGAAAUGUGGAAAGACUAUAUGCGAGAGCUUACAAAAAGUACUCCGAAAAAGCAAUUGUCGGAAAACCUCCUUUCAGCAGAUCUUCAUGGGGCGCUUAUAAUAGUGGCACAAUGCAAAGCAGCCUCAUAUCAAGGUGUAAGUGGCAUCAUGAUUCGUGACACUGCAGAGACUUUUGGAAUUAUAUCAGAGGACAACCGCUUCCGAGUUGUGCCGAAAGCUGGGUCAGUUUUCGUCCUCCAAGCUGAUUGCUGGAAGGUUACACUAAUCGGCGACAAACUGUCGCCAAAGGAGAAGUUGAAGGAAAGCCAGCGUCUGCAGCGUGCGCAAUCACUGAUCAGAUAGAGUUUCGAGCCUGUUAGACUCUGUUUUCUGAUAAAUUUUGCCCAGAGAACAACUACAGUUUUUCUUGCUUGGUUGUUGUUUCUGUUGAUUAACGUCAGUCUAACCCUUCAUUGCCUAGCACUUGGCAGUUCUUGUUGCUCCACAUUGUAAGCCUCUCACUCCACUCCUGGCAAAGACGCGACGCUGAGAAGUUCCUUAGUAAAUUCGAACACGCUUCUUGUGCAA